GUCACCUGUAGAUGACGCACGCGCGUGCGCAGUGACCUCAUUGGCCAAUUUGAAUUUUAUUACGAGCGUUAAAGAACCAACCUGACCAAUUGCGUUCGACUUGUCGCUUUGAUUUCUUUUUCACGACUUACAAGUGUGUUCCGUUAUUGUGUUUGUGACAUUGAAAACUGCUGUGAUAGUUUUUUUUUUAUUUAUCUUAUAAAUAUUGGAAUGUCUUAACACUUUUAAGGUAAACUGAGUGACGUAAAGAGGUCGCCCGUGCGGAUUGUUGACCUACACACGAUCGGUUACCGGAAGCAUUAUGCCUUAUACGUCCCCGACGAUCUAAAGUACGAGCCGCACUUGAAUAUCGACCGGAAUGAAAUAAUUAUGCCAAUAGACUGAUCACGAUGGAGGAGGUGACGACGCGUGCCAAUCUCGAGUACAUCUCUCUGACCCCCAAAAGUCAGAGAACUGGAUCUACAACUUUUACGCAGAUAACUAGCGAUGACUCUCAGCGGGUGAACGGAUUCGAUAACCAGUCCGACAUGGACUCUCUAAGUUCGAUGCACUCUCUUGUCCUUAAUUCGAAAUCGCCAUCUGCAACGGUAUUCGUAGCGGCGACCCAACCAGAGCGACCCGUGAACACGUCUAGCGUAGACGCACUCGCCAACAACGGUCCCCACGUGGUCACGAUCAGGAUCAACACCGACGCCGACAAGUCGCGGGCGCCGAAGAUUUCUAGCGUCCACCUGAAGAGCGAGGUGGACUUCGAGCCUAUCAAAUAUGAGACUAGCAAGAAAAGCCUGAUCACACUAAACGUUGAAGAGAGUCGACCGAAAAUUAUAGAUGGCGAGCAGCUAUCCAAAAUGGACAAGCCACCGUUCAUCUACUGCAACUCGUACACGAGUCCGAUUUCUAAUCUGAUGAUGUCCAGCGGCCAGUGCUCCCCAAGCGACACCCUGGACUCGGGCACGUGCAGCGACCUCGACGGUACGCCUCCGCCACUCCCCAAAAAGAAGACGUCCAAAUCGAGUUCAACGAAGAAAGCCGUCUCCGUCACGGUAAUUAGUUCGGCAAAAAAUCACGGCGAGGUCGAUUUUGAAGAUAACGACUCGAACAUAUCGUGCGACUCGUUAAAUAGUAGCGAGUUAAAUGGAAGCGUGCACGCCGAGGAAAGUCCCAGCGACGAUGCAAGCAAAAAAGAAACGAAACAGUCUUCCGAGCCUCCGCCCCGAGCCGCGAUCAAAGUGAACAAUAAAGACGGCAGCUUUCUACCGCAAGGUCUCCUGCAAGACAUACGAGAUCGCUCGGCAAAACUCACUGCUACCGAAAACGAAAGUGUGGACACGGUCGAUGCGGUCGAGGAAAUAAACGAAAAUAACGCGUUGACCCCAGAUAUUUCUAAAGAAAGUUCACAAUUAACGUCCUUCCUUCUGGUCUCGCAGUUGAACAAGGAAGUGAAUAAAAACAACGCAAACUUAUCGCCGCCGCCCGCGUGUAAAUCACCGAUAAUAAGGGAAAGCACCUACGAGGAGAGACAGCAGCUGGAAAAGAUGAAAGAAGAAAUUUGCUACAGUAGUCAUUACUUCGAUACGGAUAAAUUUUAUGAUUUCCACUUGAACGAGAAACAAUUUGACAAUGUGCCGGUGAAAAGUGAUAAUUGUGAUAAAAGUGCGACCGUCUCCGAUAUAGAGUAUUUCGCCGGAGUGAAAGAUUUCAAGUGCGAGGACGCGCAGUCUACGAUUAAAAGUUCAAAGGGAACCAUUCGCGGUGUUAAAAAUCGCGUGCGUGCCGGCAUCGCUACAUUCCUUCAGAUCCAGACCGCUACCAAGAGCUACAAGGAGCGCGACGCGGGGAAGGUCGUCGUCUACACGACGACGAUGGGCAUCGUCCGCGGGACGUACCAGCGGUGUGUCCUCGUCAAGAAGAUCCUGAGGAACCUGCUGGUGAAGUUCGAGGAGCGCGACGUGUUCAUGAGCUCGGAGUACCAGGACGAGAUCCGGGACAGGAUGCGCAGCGACCAGAUACUUGUGCCGCAGCUUUUCGUCGAUGGACAGCAUAUUGGGGAUGCAGACACAGUGGAAAAGCUAAACGAGAGCGGUGAGCUGAGGAAAAUGCUGAAGCCUUAUAAGAGUCCCGAUGCCUGCACGACGUGCAACAUGUGCGGUGGGUUCCGGCUCCUCCCCUGCAGGAUCUGCAACGGCUCCAAGAAGAGUCUCCAUAGGAACCAUUUCACUGCCGAAUUUGUCGCCUUGAAAUGUAUGAACUGCGACGAAGUCGGCCUCGUCAGAUGUGAAGCCUGCUCUUGAUUUUUCUUCGCUUUUUUUUCUUCACUCUCUCCAAAAAGAGAGAGAAAAUGGAAAAUUCCGUUAAGAAUAAUUUCCCGGCACUCAUCAGGUCAAAAUAAUUUAAAAAAGAGAUUUAUAAAUAAGAUUUACUCAAUCCAAAUACUGGUAAUUUAUUUAGUUACAGAAUCUUAAUUAUCUAAGAACAAACUAUACGAAUAAACAUUAAUUCUAAGUCCAGAUAAUGUUUUAGAUGUUACGAGUGACCUCAAUAUUUAAAGUACAUUGUCGUUUUAUAUGCCACGAUUAUAUUUAUAGUAUUCUAAUCCUAAUCUCUUUUAAUUAAUUUGUUUUAGAAUAAAUCUCGUAAGACCUUAUGAGAAGUUCGUAACAGUCAUAAAAAGUGGUGCUAUUUACUCGCUCUGAUGGUCAGAUAGAAAUACUGCCACUUUCUACGUAAGCUAGACAGAAAGUUGUGUAAAAAAAUAAGUGACUUUUAAUAUUAAUACAGUUGCAUACAUAACAACAUCGCUCGGAGUAUUGUGCAACUGCGAGCUAGUGUUUCCAUUAUUACAACUUUUGUAAUUAAAAUUAAACAAAUUCUGCUUUCUAAGCUACCACCUGUAUUUUGCUAAGUUCAGCUUAGUAGAAAAUUAAGGUAUUUGUAAUUUGUGUCACAAAAAUGUAUUAGAUCGAAAGAUUGAAUAAUGAUAUUGACAUUUUUAUUGUAAGUGCUACUAACUGUAGCUUUACUUAAAUACUACAUUGAAAUACUGAUCAUAAAAGAUAUCUUACAAGCUAACGUCAGUGCAGAAUAAUAUUGAUUACUUACUUACAAAAAAUAUUUCAAUAUUCUUAAUCCAUUCCAAAUUUUUGCACUUUUUUGUACAAAUUAUCUUCGUAUACUCAAAAAUAAAUUAGUUUUAAAAUCUUAAAAUAAUUAUUACUAUAAAUAUACAGCUAAAACUAACCUUAAAUAGUUAAAGAAUAAUUAAUGUGUAAGUAAUACAUAAGUGUAAAAAAUAUUUAAGUACUAAAAAUUUAAUGAAACUUGUGUUGUGACUGCUCAAACUAGUUAAACUCGUAGGAAUUAGAAUUUACAUACGUAUGCAUGUCAUGUUUUUAGAACUAUACUAGAUAUUGGAAUAUUAUGCCAUAGUUAAUUGCAAUAAAUUCUAGUUAAGAUAUAUUUGUUUAGAUACUGAAGAUUUGCAAUUUUAUUUUCUAGAAGGAAAUUAAUAGAAGUUUAAAAUUUUAAUACUGUAUUUUGUCGCGCUGUAGUGUGUAGGUUGUGCAGUGGCGGCGCAAGACCAAAAUUUUAUGUGGGUAAAAUAUAUUUUGCGAGGCCCCCUGAUGGAUGACGCAAGAAGACGGAUUUCGUUGAAAGAUUUUUUUUGAUACUCGUAAAUCCUAAAAAAAAACGUGCUGUCCAAGUGGCGCGAGGCCCCUAGGACCGCGAGGCCGUGGGCGGUCGGCCACACCGCCCACGCCUUACGCCGCCUCUGAGGUUGUGUGGCGGUAACCACAAUUAGCGUCACAAUCCUGCAUCGCGCUAUCGAAAUUUUCUAAGUGGAUAUGCCACCGUAGUUAAUAAAUAGCGCGGUAUGUAUAAUGUAGCAAAUCGGCUAGAACUAUAAACAAAUAUACAAGAUGUUAAUGUAAGCACCGCGGUUAUCCUAGAAAUCAUCAAAUGAGCCCGUCAAAAUGCACAACUUUUUCUAUGAGAACA